AUGUAAGCAGAUAAGAAAGAGUGGCCAGAAGCAAUUGGUAAAACAGUGGAUGAAGCUAAGUAAUUGAUUUUAGCUGACGAUGCCGAUAUUAUGGUGCAAGUGUUGGCUGAAGGAUCUCCCACAACCAGAGAUUUCAGAAUGAACAGAGUGAGAAUAUUCCACAAUGAUAAAAAUAUUGUUGUUUAAGCCCCAAGAAGAGGUUGA